AACUUCAGUGUUUUUAUGGAAUUAAUUAAAAACUUGUUUUCUCCAGGUGAAUGUUUCUAUGGCUGGCUGGAACCUUUGUUGGCCAGAAUAGCUGAGAACUACACUGCUGUUGUGAGUCCAGAUAUUGCAUCCAUAGACCUGAACACGUUUGAAUUCAACAAGCCUUCUCCUUAUGGAAAUAACCAUAACCGUGGAAACUUUGACUGGAGCCUUUCAUUUGGCUGGGAAUCACUUCCCGAUCACGAGAAGCAAAGGAGGAAAGAUGAAACCUACCCAAUUAAGACACCCACUUUUGCAGGAGGCCUUUUUUCCAUAUCAAAAGAAUAUUUUGAGUAUAUCGGAAGUUAUGAUGAAGAAAUGGAAAUCUGGGGAGGUGAAAACAUAGAAAUGUCUUUCAGAGUAUGGCAAUGUGGUGGGCAGUUGGAGAUUAUGCCUUGCUCUGUUGUUGGACAUGUCUUUCGCAGCAAAAGCCCUCAUUCCUUCCCAAAAGGCACUCAGGUGAUUGCUCGCAACCAAGUGCGCCUUGCAGAAGUCUGGAUGGAUGACUACAAGGAAAUAUUUUACAGGAGAAACACAGAUGCAGCAAAAAUUGUUAAACAAAAAUCAUUUGGUGAUCUUUCAAAACGAUUUGAAAUAAAACAUCGCCUUCAAUGUAAAAACUUUACAUGGUAUCUGAACAAUAUUUACCCAGAAGCAUAUGUGCCAGACCUUAAUCCUGUUAUAUCUGGAUAUAUUAAAAGUGUUGGUCAGCCUCUAUGUUUGGACGUUGGAGAAAAUAACCAAGGAGGCAAACCUUUAAUUUUGUAUACAUGUCAUGGACUUGGAGGAAACCAGUACUUUGAAUACUCUGCUCAGCGUGAAAUUCGGCACAACAUCCAGAAGGAAUUAUGUCUUCAUGCUGCUAAAGGUCCCGUUCAGCUGAAGGCCUGUGCCUACAAAGGCCACAAGACAGUUGUUACUGCAGAGCAGAUAUGGGACAUCCAGAAGGAUCAACUUCUAUAUAAUCCAUUCUUUAAAAUGUGCCUUUCAGCAAAUGGAGAGCAUCCAAACUUAGUGCCAUGCAAUCCAUCAGAUUCACUCCAAAAAUGGAUAUUUAGCCAAAAUGAUUAAGGGUUCCUUAAAACUAAGGAGUUGAAAAGGAGAUAUUCUUUCUCUUAAAACUGUGACCAGGCAAACACUGUAGUUUUAAAAAUUAUGCAAAAGCAGCUAAUUGUAACUUAUUCCAAGUGCAUUUUCCUUAUUUAUGUCUUAAAAUGUCUGUGUAGCACUGCUACAGAAAUUUCAUAAGUUUCUGUUUCAAAGCACAAUUUAACUAGUAAUACCAAAGAGAGUUUUGAAAUGUCCAGAUUAAGGGAAGAGAUGUUUACAAUAUGAUGAAAACUUUUCCAAGUCAAGUAAUGUUUGCGUAUUUUGUACAUUUGAGGAUAUACAUAACUACAUAAAAAUGCUCACGAUUUAAAAUAUUUCCCUACUUUUUGAAGGAGAGUGGGAAAGAUUUCAUACUCUUUUUUUUUUUUUAACUACACAUAAAUGGAUCAAUGAAUAUCAAACAUUGGUCACUGUGUAAAAAACAGGAAAUUUUUGUAGAUCUAGAAUUUAUUGUACUUUAAAAUUCAGGUGAAUUUUUUUUUUGCCUCUUACAUAUAUGUCAAAUGUCUCCUUAAACAUGAAAUUGAAUAAGGAAAGAAAUAUUUUUAACACUGAAAUUUCUUGGAAAAUUUAAAGAUAUUUUUUAUUCUGAAGGCCAUUCGACUUGAAGCACGUAAGUCUUCCUUAAAUAACUUUUCUUAAGUUUUUCCAAAGCAAUCUUUAAAAGACUUUAUAAAUUACUAUUGGCUGAAAAGGUGUCCUUUUCCUUUCUGCUAGUCUUUAUUUUCUUACCAGAAUUUACUAAUCUUGAAUGUUUGUGAUAUUGAAUUUUAAAUGCAGAAUACUUGACUUAUUUAAGCUAAAUUUUAUUUGUUACUGAUUCAAUUAUAGAUUGUCUUUGUAGUGUAUUUUUUCCAUCAAAAAAGCCUUAUUUUUAUCUAUGAGGGAAACACAAUAAAAAUCCUAAACACUAUUGCCAUCAUUGGUUAAGUUUUUUUUUCCUCUUUUGGGUAAAAUCUAUAAUGGUAAGAGGUGGGGGCAUGGGAAUUUUAUAUAAUAAAUUUGGAAGUACUUGCUGUUUAUAGAGCCACCAGAUAUUUCUUACAAAACAUUCAAACAUUUGAUAGUAAUAGUAUAAAAAAUGAAGAGGAUACUAUAAUAGAUCUUUAGAAAAUUUAAUAGGGUGAUUUUUUAAAAAAUGAUGCUUAGAUUUAAGGC